AACACAAGCCAGGCUUUAUCCUGCUUGUCUGUCUCGCUCACUCAGACCUCACAGGAAACUCCCACCUCCCCCUGCCCUCACACUCACUCACCUUCCCUUACCGCACUUUUUACUUUCCCACACGGUCCCACCGGCUGCGCUGAGUCUGACCAAAGAGGAUGGCUGUGUCCGUGUGCAGAAUGAAUGGGCUCUGGAGAAGGAUGGCUGGAGUUCUGGUGCUUUGCACUGUCUUGUUCUGCAAUGAGGUGAUGUGUCAAGUUGAUAUAACAACAGAUGCCAUAUUUUUAUCUACAGCCGAUCCAGCUGCAGACGCCAGUGCUGCGACAGGUGCUCCCGCUCCAGGCACCACUGCUGCCACCAGUGUGGGUCCCGUUCCCACUGUCGCUGGUGGUGCGGACUCUGCUACUUCUGCAUCUCCUGGAAAUAGCCCAUUAACAACAAUUGUUUUAAACGUUACACCUAAUGCUGACCGCCAGGGCGGAGACACCUCAGGAACCUCAGGGACCACUCCUGGCAGCCUUGUCAGAGACUAUGAGAGGCCUACAGCCACUGAGUCCCCAGAUGAGUCCCUCUUUGCUAAAAAAGUGGUGCUUGAUGUGAAGUGUGUUCUAAAGGAGAACAUCACAGAAAGUAAUGCUGUGAAGGCUGUGGUAGCAACAGAGGACUGUGAGGCAACUAAAAGCAUUAUUCAGGAGCACGCUGACAACUUUUGCCGCAUGGAAAACUGUAGUCUAGAAAUCUUCCAAGAUGGCAACACAGUGCUGGUAACCAGCAAAGAUGUUAUGUUGGGUACAUUGGCUCGAGCACUCCAGAGUGAACAACUGAAAAAAAAGCUGGGUGUGACAAAGACUGAAAUCCCGAAAUCGGGUUCAGGUUCCUCGGUAUUUGUCGGAAUUCUGGUCACUGGUCUGCUUGCUGCCCUUGGAAUCACUGCAGGUUACUUCAAAUGCCAACGCACGUCUGACACCAAGGAAGUGAGACUGGCAGAGGAGGGCUAUCCAGUAGAUCAGGAGAACCAGGGGAACACUCUUCUAUCUGUGGCCCCCCUAAACCCCCCUCCAGACAACCAGGAGAAACCCAGUGUAAAUGGAGAGUCCCUUGAGGCAGCCAAAACCCAGCCUCCUCCUCCCACCAACGGCCACUCCACCACCAAGACAGCAGACACCGAGCUGUGAAAUAGUCCACAAAGUAUUGCAGCCCAGGAGCUACUCCCACAAACACACCAAUCCAAACACAUUCCUCUGAGAACUCACCUCCUUUUCUGAAUCCUCUCCUGCCCAACCACACAGCAAAGUGGACAUCGGGGAUUAGAACAAUCUCCUUCAUCAACACCCCUCUUGUAAUGGUCCCCUUGCCUCCUCCUCUGGCCAUGUGCCUCAACAAACAUCAGGAAAAACUAGUCUGAUGAUGACGAUAAUGAUGGUGACGAAUGAUGCUGAUGACGAUGAAACGCUCAGUCCCUGGGGUGUUGACGGCAGUCAGGCUGGAGACGAGAGACGGGAGAUGGGCAGUUCUGGGUGGGAAGCGAUCGUACAUUAGCAUCAAUCAGCUCCGGCUCCCAUGACGACUGCAACCUUUGGAGUCACAGCCAUGUGCUGUCAACACCCAGCGGGGUCUCUGCUUGUUGUCAGGUUUAAAGCUUCAGCCAAAUCCUCCACUAGAAAAUAGAGUACAAGCACAUAAAUGAAAUUGUUCCUUGGUUUAUUGGUAAGCCAUGACAGACAGAGAGGAAACAAAUCAAUCUGCCAUGAAAUCUGUUUACAAACUUCUCAGAGAGAAAAUCCAUUGGGCUCUGAUCGUGUUUGUCUGAUUGAGUUAUUGAUCGCGUGUGCGUGCGUGUGUGUGUGCGUGCGUGUGCGUGCGUGUGUGUGUGUGCGUGCUGCUGUCAAAUCCUGCAUGUGUGUGUUAACAUAUACUUGCAUCUGUAAUGUGCAUGGACUGUAUAUAUCUAUACAUGCAUCUAAGCUUUUCUUGCUUACUGUAUGUACUGUAUGCAUGUUUGACGAGGAGGGAGGGAUUGUGAUCACGCUGCGUGAGGGAUGAGUUUGAGUGUGCAUGUGACAUUAGCCAGGAAAAGUGUACAAUUUUGUGAAAUGAGUUGACAAAGUGAUGGCUCACCGUGUUACAGUCGCUCACCGUGAUGAGGAUGAUUGAGUAUUGACGUUGCAAACUGCAAAGUGAGAUCAAUCACGAAGUUAACAGGCCUCUUUGCAGCGGCUCCAUAGCCACUGCUGAAAAUCGUGAGACUGACUGACCAACAGACUCAUAAAGGCCUCAGACGCAGAGCUUCUUACUGUCAGCUCUGGCCAUACAUUUUUCAGUGUUAUUCUCUUUUCAAUAUACUGUAUAAGCUCUUUUUUACUAUCAGUUUUCUAUUGAGCAGUGUGUAUAGUAUGGUGACUACUUUGUCUUGUUUUUAUUCUGUGUAGGCAAACUUGCUAUGUUCAUUUUAAGUGCCAAAGAAUUUCAUUUCAUAGCUUAUGUUGUACUAAAAAAAUGUACUUUGUGGCACCUUUACAAUGUUUGAUCCAGGUCAAUUACGAUACAGAAAUAUGCCCAAGGGCUAUGACUGUUAGAGAGAAGCAUCCAGUGGCCAAAGUCUGUGACAUUUUCUUGUCCUUAUGUGGCCUGUACGUUCAGGUGACAACAGUUUUUACGGACAUACCAGAAAUAAAAUUCAAGAGGAAAUAAAUUUUAUUUUUCUUGAACUGGAACUAGGAAACGUAUUGUGCUAUAUAAAUGGGAUGUCUCAAAUUGAUUCCCACUUGCUAACAUUCCAGUGUGACUGUUUCAUUUUACUAGCACCUUGUAGUUUAAAUUGGAUUUAACGUGAAAAAAUAAACAACUUUUUAUGAAUUUGU